CUCUCUAGAGCCCUGCGCCCAAUCCCCAUGGCUAGCCCCGGCGGCGCCGCGCUCCAGCGGCACGCGGCCGUGGCCGUCCUUCGCGCGGCGGCCGCCGCUGGAGACCUAUCCAAGGGAAAGGCGCUCCACGCCCGGAUCAUCACAGCCGCUAAUUUCGACGUCGUCCUGCACAACAACCUCAUCUCAUUCUACGCCAAGUGCGGCCAGGUCGGGGUCGCUCGCAAAGUGUUCGACGCAAUGCCCUUCCGGAACGCCGUGUCCGGAAAUCUCCUCAUGUCCGGAUAUGCUUCCUCAGGGCGCCAUAAGGAUUCGCUUGCCCUGCUCAGGGUGGUUGACUUUGGCCUGAAUGAGUAUGUUCUAUCUGCAGCAGUGGCAGCAUGCACCCAUAUCCGGAGCUAUGAUAUGGGGAGGCAGUGCCAUGCGUAUGCUGUUAAGGCUGGUCUGGCAGAACAAGCUUACGUUUGCAAUGCAGUGCUGCAUAUGUACUGUCAGUGUGCUCAUAUGGAGGAUGCAGUGAAGGUAUUCCAGAAUGUGUCUGGUUUUGAUGAAUUCGCGUUCAACUCAAUGAUGAAUGGGUUUCUUGAUCGGGGGCAAUUGGAUGGUUCGGUUAGGAUUGUGAAAGCUAUGGUGGGUGAAGUUGAGAAAUGGGAUCAUGUGUCGUAUGUUGCAGUUCUUGGGCAUUGUGCUAGCAUGAAGGACUUGGUACUUGGUGGUCAGGUGCAUGCCCAAACUUUCAAGAGGAGGCUUGAACUGAAUGUGUUUGUGGGGAGUGCACUUGUUGAUAUGUAUGGGAAAUGUGACCGUGCCCAUGAUGCUCAAUGCGCAUUCGAUGUCUUGCCAGAAAAGAAUGUUGUUUCUUGGACAGCUGUUAUGACUGCUUACACUCGAAAUGAGCUGUAUGAAGAUGCAUUGCAAUUGUUCUUGGACAUGGAGAUGGAAGAAGUUAAGCCAAACGAAUUCACUUAUGCUGUGGCUGUCCAUAGCUGUGCUGGUCUUGCAGCCUUGAGAAAUGGUAAUGCCCUUAGUGCCUGUGCUUUGAAGACUGGGCACUGGGUCCAUUUGGUAGUUGGUAAUGCCCUCAUGAACAUGUACUCAAAGAGUGGCAGCAUCGAAGAUGCAUGGAGAGUCUUUGUUUCCAUGCCAUUAUGUGAUGUGGUCUCUUGGAAUUUGAUCAUCACAGGCUAUGCGCAUCAUGGCCUUGCAAGGGAAGCAAUGGAAACAUUUCAUUCUAUGCUCUCUGCAGGAGAAGUCCCAUCUUAUGUAACUUUCAUUGGAGUGUUGUCAGCUUGUGCUCAAUUGGGUCUUGUUGAUGAAGGAUUCUACUACUUGAAUAUUAUGAUGAAGGAAGUUGGAGUUACACCUGGAAAGGAACAUUAUACUUGUAUGGUUGGUUUGUUAUGCAGAGCUGGACGUCUAGAUGAGGCUGAGCGGUUCAUAGUGAAUAAUUGCAUUGGCACAGAUGUUGUUGCAUGGCGAUCGCUGCUAAGUUCAUGCCAGGUAUAUAGAAAUUAUGGCCUGGGUCAUCGUGUAGCUGAACAGAUUCUUCAAUUGAAGCCCAACGAUAUUGGAACCUAUGUUUUGCUUUCUAACAUGUAUGCAAAAGCCAACCGAUGGGAUGGCGUUGUGAAGGUUCGGAAGCAGAUGAGAGAGAGGGGAGUUAGGAAGGAACCUGGUGUUAGUUGGAUUCAAGUGGGAAGUGAUGUUCAUGUUUUCGCAUCGGAAGACAAGGUGCAUCCACAGAUGGACCAGAUCACCGUAAAACUUGAAGAGCUGAUCGACCAGAUAAAAGCGAUUGGAUAUGUUCCAAACUUUGCUGUGGUCCUACAUGAUAUUGAGGAUGAACAAAAAGAAGAGCACCUUAUGUAUCACAGUGAGAAAUUGGCUCUAGCCUUCGGCCUUAUUCACACACCUAAGGGAGCAACGAUCCGCAUUAUGAAAAACCUCAGGAUAUGUGAUGAUUGUCAUGUUGCUAUCAAACUCAUAUCAGUUGUCACUGGCAGAAAAAUAGUUGUAAGGGAUGCCGUUCGAUUUCAUUGUAUAGAUGGUGGGGUUUGCUCAUGUGAUGAUUAUUGGUGAUUUGUGGUACAACUGUCUUGAUAACAUGUGCCUGUUGAGUUAGGUUGGUGAAGUACGACGGUAGCCAGACUUGUGCUCAAAUUCCUGAGUAUUCUCACUUAUUUUUUACUAUCCUAUACUAGAGCUCCAAGAAUCGGCGAAAGCUAAGGGGAUCGGGUCCCUGUAGCUACAGUUAAAUCACUGACAUGCGGACCCUACCACAAAAGCAGCCCUUCUAGAAUUCUCUGGAGUCUCCAAUUCGUUCAUUGCUCGCACGCGUUCGCCGCCCCCUCUUCUCUCCGCUGUGCUGAAUUCCAUGCCCUAUCUCCUGCAAGCCUUUGAUCCGAUCUCCGACAUCCUCCGGGUCACUCCAGAUGUACUGACACCUGCCUCUCCCUUCUGCUCCCUCGCCUCUGGUAACCCUUCGAUGGUUGAGGCUAAAUUCAUGAAGUUACUGGACAACUCAAAGAUUCUUUUGAGGGAAAAGUGGCUUUAUUGUAUUGUUGAUGAUUUUGUGACAAAGCAACUUCCUCACAAUGACAUGGAGUCCGAGUCUGUUAUAUGCUCUGGAGCACAAGGGAGACAGAGCUUUGACUUCAACUCAAGGAGAGCUGGCACAUGGUUUGCGGUUCUUGGAUGCAGUGGUGUCACAGAGCUUCAUAGCCUCCGAUGACAUUCUUGAGCUACAUAAGAAAUUCCUUUGACUCUCUGGUGGGAAUGGAUUAACCAGAUCUUCGAGCUUGAUGAUUUUGUACAUGCUGCUCAAAGGAAUACUGUGGUGUCUUCCAAUGCCAUCAGUGCAGCUUCGGAAGAAAUUAUAUCAUUUUAAUGAAGUGGACAUUAUAACACCAUCACAGAAGCUGUUGGCCAGCAAAUUUUCAUGCAAUGUGGUACCAGGGAACCAGGGACAAGCCUUCUGCUGACUGGUAACAAGUCUAGCGCUUCAGUCCUGUUGGAUGAUCACCUGGAGAAAAUUCUGUAUGAUGUCUGGCUGGUCUAUCUUCUAGAAAGAGAAAGGUGGGAUUCUACUCCAAACUGGGAAGAUGUUCUGUCGCUAGGAGAACAAGAAAGGCUUGGGAUGGCUCGUUUGUUUUUUCAUCAUCCUAAAUUUGGUAUUCUCGAAGAAUGCAUCAUGUGCGUGUUCUGUCAUAGUGCUCUUUUGACUUUACCAUUUACCUUUUUUUCCUUUGAUGAUCAAUUACCAUAUUUCCUGGCAGUGCUACAAGUGUUGAUGUCGAAGAGCAUUUGUACAGGGUAGCAACUAAUAUGAGCAUAUCUGUGAUCACUGAUCACUUCCUCACAAGUGUUUGGAUAAUCACCACAAUAACAUAAAACUCCUGAUGCCGUGACAGUUUCCUUCAGUGAACUGUUCUUUUCUCUCUCUUUUUUGUUCUUGGAAAGACGGUGAAAUGUUCAUUUACGUUAAUUUAUCCUUCAAAGUUCGCGUCUCUCUCAUCGAAACUUUACCAUGUUUACAGAGGCCCGCUCUUAUACCCUUACAUGCCUUGGAGCUGAAGCUCAUCGAUUUUUUUCCAGAA